AUGACCUGCCAUUGGACCCCUCAAGAAUGGCAUGCCGGAAGACGCCUUGUUCGGUUCUGGCGUCAAAACAUGGCGGCCGCCAAUGCCGUUCAACGCGGAGCGCCUGUUCCUCCUCCCAAAAAUACAUCAUUGGUUGUGUCCUGCAUCUAUUGGAGCCAGAGAAAUGAUUAUUUCAUCACCUCCGUUGAUUGCAUUUAUCUGCUUGAGGGGCUCAUUGGGGUUCAAUUCACGGUGGAAGAAAAGAAUCGCAUCCGGCGUAAUCUCGAGGGCUUCCGUCCACUGACCGUCAGCAAAUGCAAACCUGACUGUGCCGACUUUUUCAAGCUCAUCAUGAGCUUCCCUCAUCCGAAACCGCGCAACAUUGAAAAGGACGUCAAAGUGUUUGCCUGGUCCACGCUGCCCCAUGCCCUGCGCAAGAUCAUUCGCAAAUACACUCCCAGUUACAGCAGUACCGUCGGCGUUCAUUACGACCUUCCGGCAUCGCAAAAGCAUGCCGAUCCUGUACUCACGGAUGACUUUGGUGCCAAAAGCUUCAUGACAUGA